GGGGAGGUAGUGCGUGCGCGGGGCAUGCCGGGAGUGGUUGUGUACGGUCGGCAGCAGCAGGUGAAGUCUAGCAGAGGACGCGGCCAGGCGAUUCGGUGAAGCGCUUACUGCAGGCGUUGGUUCCCCUCUUUGUCCUGGAUUUGAAUUUGUUGAAAUGAGCAGUCGUAAAUCAAAGAAUAACAGCUUAAUUCACACAGAGUGCCUUUCACAGGUACAAAGAAUUUUACGUGAAAGAUUUUGUCAUCAGAGUCCACAUAGUAACCUAUUUGGAGUGCAAGUACAAUACAAACACUUAAGUGAGCUGCUGAAAAGAACCGCUCUCCAUGGAGAGAGUAACUCUGUCCUUAUUAUCGGACCCCGAGGAUCAGGAAAAACUAUGUUAAUAAAUCAUGCUUUGAAAGAACUCAUGGAAAUAGAAGAAGUGAGUGAAAAUGUAUUACAAGUUCACUUAAAUGGACUGCUGCAGAUCAAUGACAAAAUCGCCCUAAAGGAAAUCACAAGGCAGUUAAAUCUGGAAAAUGUAGUUGGAGAUAAAGUUUUUGGAAGCUUUGCUGAAAACCUUUCAUUUCUUCUGGAAGCUUUAAAAAAAGGUGACCGAACUAGCAGUUGCCCAGUGGUCUUCAUAUUAGAUGAAUUUGAUCUUUUUGCUCAUCAUAAAAACCAAACACUUCUCUAUAAUCUUUUUGACAUUUCUCAGUCUGCACAGACCCCAGUAGCAGUUAUUGGUCUUACAUGUAGAUUGGAUAUUUUGGAACUCUUAGAAAAAAGAGUGAAGUCAAGAUUUUCUCACCGGCAGAUACACUUAAUGAAUUCAUUUGGUUUUCCACAGUAUGUUAAAAUAUUUAAAGAACAGUUAUCUCUACCUGCAGAGUUUCCAGACAAGGUUUUUGCUGAGAAGUGGAAUGAAAAUGUUCAGUAUCUCUCAGAAGAUAGAAGUGUGCAAGAAGUACUACAGAAGCAUUUCAAUAUCAGCAAAAACCUGCGGUCAUUACACAUGCUAUUGAUGCUUGCUUUAAAUCGAGUAACAGCAUCACACCCAUUUAUGACUGCCGUAGAUCUAAUAGAAGCAAGCCAACUGUGUAGCAUGGACUCGAAAGCAAAUAUUGUACAUGGUCUAUCAGUCUUGGAAAUCUGUCUUAUAAUAGCAAUGAAACAUUUAAAUGACAUCUAUGAGGAAGAGCCAUUUAAUUUUCAAAUGGUCUAUAAUGAGUUUCAGAAGUUUGUUCAAAGGAAAGCGCAUUCUGUUUAUAAUUUUGAAAAACCUGUUGUCAUGAAGGCUUUUGAACACUUGCAGCAAUUAGAAUUAAUAAAGCCCAUGGAAAGAACUUCAGGAAAUUCACAGAGAGAGUACCAGCUGAUGAAACUGCUUUUGGAUAAUACUCAAAUUAUGAAUGCUCUGCAGAAAUAUCCCAACUGUCCUACAGAUGUGAGGCAGUGGGCAACAUCCUCACUAAGCUGGUUAUGAAUAUAACCAGUGACUUCAACUUUGGCAUUUCAUUCAUACUUCUGUAGAGAACGAAAAACUAUUGUCCAUUAACAUGAUACACUAAACAUUCUAUAAACAUUUUUGUAUUUAUGUGAGACUUGCACAUCUACUGUCUUGGCUGUGUCUUGCCUUUUAAUCAUGAACAGUUACAUGAUUUAUGAUUUCAGUGAUUGAGAUUACUUUGUAAGUAGCUGUUCAGAAGAAUAAAAUAUGACUGUUUUAGGGACUAGACCAUGUGCUUUUUUAACACUUACAUAUAUAAUGGUCUAUUUGAAGAGCUCACUUCAAUCUAACGGCUAGAUGUCUUUACAAACCUUAAACCAAAGGAGUAAAAAAACAAUGGUAAGCACUGAAGUAUAAUAAGUAACCUUUGGUACAGCAGGUUUGCUGCAGUGUUUUUUUCUGUCCACAUGCAAAUUUUGGAUUCUAUCCCAGACCCAGGUUUUCUAGUUCAAGAGACUAACCAGCUUAGUCAGAAGAUGGUUCCAUGGAAGAAAAAGGCCAAGGAGUUUGAAGAUUUUUCUUCUAGACAUCUCAAAAUGUGGUACUCAUACCAUCCACAUCAGAAUCCCUUGUAGGAUUUUCUAAAAUUACAGAUUGUUGAGCCUACCAUGGGUCAAAAGGAUUGGAAUUUGCCUUCUUAACAAGUAUAGUCAUGGCACCACAUAACAUUUUGGUCAGUGACAUUGUAUAUAUAAGGGUGGUCUCAUAAGAUUAUACCAUGUUUUUACUGUACCUUUUCUAUGUCUGAAUAUACAAAUGUUUACCAUUGUGUUACAGUUGCCUACAGUAUGAUUACAGUAACAUUCUGUACAGUGCUGUAGCUGAAGAAUAAUAGGCUAGGCUAUCUGUAUAGCCUAAGUGUGUAACAGGCUAUAUACAUACCAUCAGGAUCUGUGUAAGUACACUCUGUGAUGUUCAUACAGUGAUGAAAUCACCCAAAGAUACAUUUCUCAGAACACAGCCCCAUCAUGAAGUGACGUGACUGUACCAGAGAUUUCUGGAAAAGCACUCCCAAAAGUAAUGAGAUGUGUAUGGCAAUGUUAACUGAACCUGUUUGUAUCAAAAAGUAAAUCCCUAUGAGGAAUGUGGAAAUGUCAGUCAAAGCAUUGUCUUUUAAGUAAGUUCCAAGAUCCAUGAAUUAACAGAGGCAUGUAUUUAAAAUGAAAUUUAAUAAGCACUUAGUGACUUCAUUUGUUCAAGAAUAUUUGAUUGUCUAUUGUGUGCAUGGGAGGUUUACAAAAGACAGACUGUCCCUAUGCUUGUGCAGCUUACAAUCUAUUUAACUAUUAGAGGCCCUGUGAGAUGUAGGCACUGUUAUUUACAGAUGAGAAAACUAAUACAGCAGUGGCAAUGCUGGGAAUGGCCAACAGGCUUGGAAUUCAACUCAGUUUAACACCAAAGCCAGUGCUAUUAAGACCUGAAGUUCGACAGUGGAUUCCUUACCAAAUAGUUCUUAAAAGUAUGCUCUAAGGAACAAUGUUUUAAUGAAAUCUUGGAUACAAAGUGGAAUAAAAGAUUUCUGAGCAUAAAA